AUGAAAUCCCAGAAAGGUCUCCCCCUACCUCCAGAACUUCUCCUGCGGUUGGCCGAGUAUCUGGAACCACCGGACCUCGUGUCCCUCGCUCAGGCGACGGAAGCCUUCGCGCGGCUCGCUUUUGAGUCCAAAUCACCCGCUCUCAGCGAGAGCGGGCGGAGCAUCCUCUUCAGAGUGGUUUCAUGUGGACACGUUAGCAUUCUCCGGGAAUAUUUAGACGCAGGAGCGGACCCGCGCGCCACAGACGUAGAAGGGAUUACCCCGUUGCAUGGGGCCUGCUGUUAUGGGCACGAGGCGGUUGCUGCUUUACUGGUCGACGCUGGAGCGGACAUGAAUGCUCGGCACAAGAAAGGGAUGACGCCCUUGGAUUUUGCAAUCGUGACUGGCCAUGACCGCGUUGUUGAGGCGCUCCUUGCGAAAGGGGCGGUCAUUUCUGACUGCAGAAUUGGUGACCUGCAACGGACAACUCUCCAUGUGGCUGCCAUUAAGGGCUAUCCCCGCAUCGUGAAGUUGCUUGUUGAUCAUGGUGCGCCUGUUCAUGUAGUCGACCCAUGCCGGCAUACACCUCUGCAUUUAGCAGCGUCUGAAGGGGAAGUGGAAAUAGUGAAGACGCUCCUUGGUACUGGGGCAGAUGGCUCAGCCCUGGACAAAGAAGGCGACAGUCCUUUGCAUAUCGCAGCUGGGAAAGGAGCCGCCGACGUCGUACAAGAAUUGCUCAACGCCGAAACGAAUCCUUCACUCCGGGGCCAAGACCAAUCUACACCGCUGCACUGGGCAUCGCUCUUGGGCCGAGCUGAGGUCGUCCGGCUUCUCCUUCUAUCUGGGGCGGAUGUCUCAGUUCAAACUAGCGAUGAAAAGACCCCUCUCUACCAGGCUAGUAGUGCUGGACACGAAGAUGUGGUACGACUGCUUUUGAGUGCGGGAUGUGCCCCAUCAACCCCUGACGAUCAAGGGAACUCGCCAUUGCAUCUUGCUGUCAUUUUAGAGAAACCCACGAUUGCAACUCUUCUUUUAGAUGCAGGAGUCCAUGUGGAUGUCCGAAACAACAAGGAACAGACGCCACUGCAUUGGGCUGCCAAAGGACACGAAGAGGCAGUGCGAGCUUUGCUUGAUCGCGGGGCUGAUUUCGACGCCAUCACCCAUAGCGGAUGGACACCACUGCACUGGGCUGCCUCUGUAGGCCAUCUGGGUAUCACUCAACGUCUUCUGGAAUCGGGGGCUUCCGUAAAAGUCCAAAAUCGUUCCGAAGAGUCAUCACUGCAUGUCGCCACUCAAAACGGCAAUGACGAUGUGGUUCAAUUACUGAUCUACUCAGGGAGUGAGGUGGAUCUUGCCGACGCAAAGGGACGAACCGCACUGCACAUUGCGGCCUUGAAAGGUAACAAGACAAUAGCGCGGAUGCUUUGGGCUGCCAAAGCAGAUUCAUACAUCAAAGACAAGGAGGGCUAUACUCCGUUCUUUUAUGCUGCAAAUGAAGGAAACUCAGAGAUAGUGGAGAUGCUUCUCGACAAUGGCGCAAGACUCGACGAAACCAGCAAGGAAGCUUUUCUAGACGCGGCGGAAGCUGGCUACAAGUCCAUAGUAGAAGUUCUCAUCAAGCACGGCGUCGAUAUAUCCGCGACAGAUAAAUCGGGAAAUACUGCGCUGCAUCGGGCAGUGGUGGGUAGUCAGAGGGAUGUGGUUGAAUUCCUAAUCAAUGCUGGAAUUGAUUUUUCUUACCGGAACCACUCGGGCAAGACAGCACUACAUCUUGCCGCUCGUGAAGGUGAACAAACCAUCGUUAGACUCCUUCUGGACGCUGGUGCCUCGGCCGAUACACCAGACUCUGAUGGAUGGACAGCUUUGCAUUGA